AUGAUUCCCAUAGCCUCCGUCAUCUUCAACCUUAUACUCUUGACUCCUGCACUCGUCCUCUUCGAUCUCGCACUCCUGACUCCCACAGCAGUCCUCAUCUCCAAUCUUGUCCUCCCGACUCCCCCAUUCAUCUUCAUCUCCACACUCCCCAAUCCCCUCUUCGCGCGCCCUAAUCUGAGCAGCAGUCCUCCACCCAGCUCUACGCACGACGCCAAAACGAAAGCAGCGCGAGACGACCACGUUACCGCCAAAGCUGUCGAAGACACGUGA